AUGCGAACUCGCCGCCGUGGAGGCGUCAAGGAUGACGUCGGGGAACGCGUGAUUGAGAUCAACGACUCACCCAACGUGGACAUUCUGCAACGACUGCCACGACGACGCCAGCAGACGGUGCGCUACAUCGAGUCCCUCGAUGCCUACAGCCAUGCACCUGCAGAGGAGGAAGAUCCGAAUUCAUCACACGAUGAAACGGCAUCACCCUUGUACCAACGUCAUUCAAGCGCGAGACGCACUUCGAGUCCUCCCUCCGCGGAUGAGGACGAAGACGAUCAAGUCGACGGCGAAGUUGACGACCAAGGAUCGUCGGACAACGACCCCGACACCGCCGAAGACGAAUCGGAAGCCCCGAGUCCCGACGUAAAGCUGGAACGUCCAGAAUCCGCCCGUCAAGGGCAUGCAUCGUCCCGCCGGAACGUGCGCUCUGCUGCCGAGCCCACGCAAGACGAGAUCCGACAUUCGACGACCCGCCGACGAUUGCGAUCGUCCAUCGAGCCCGAGGAAGUUCUAGACACGAGCGCCACGGUUGAGUCUGGGGAUGCCACUGCGCGCAGACAAUCGACGCGCCACCGACGAUCUGGAGUCGGCGACGACAGUCCCGACCCACCACUGGGCAGCCCUUCCGCGGCUUUGGUGGGCCGAGGCCAUGCAGAGGACGCCACUGCAUUCUCGUCGCGCUAUCCAUCUCGCCGCCGGGUGCAGUCAUCCGAUGCCGACGAUGCGUCCGUCUCCGCGUUGGAAACAUUGCCACCCCCGAAUUCCCUUCGUCAUGCGACUCGGUACACACUGCGCGACCGCAGCCGCCAUGGCCCACAGCGACGGUCGUUUGACGAUCCACCAAAAUCCAAUCAGCCGUCAUCGUUUGAAUCCCGCGCGGCGGCUCAAGUGAUGGAUCGCGCUACGCGGUAUGCCCUUCGGACUGGGCAGCGCGACAUGCCGACGACGACCACGUCGCCGAAACAGAAUGACAAGAAUGGCUUUCACCGAUCGACCAAGAGCUACUCCCUUCGCGAUCGUUCGACCCUUCGCCGCCACGUAGCAUCCAACACGAACCUCUUUGACGACUUUGGCGACGUCGCGCCGCCUCCGAAACGGGUUAAACAUCAUGAUCGAGCGCCGUCGAAACAGACGUACGCGUUGUCGAGCUCGUCAUCGUCAUCGUCGGCAUCGUCUUCCGACGGCGAAAUGCAACAGAUCAAGCGAACCAGCAAAAAACACUCGCGAAGGUCGGCCAAAAAGGCGCGGCACGAGUACUCGGACAAGAAGAAUGCCAAGAAGGGGGCGCCCCCCGCCGACAUUUCCCCCCUGGACAUUGAUCCAUCCAUCACAUGGGACUCGAUCGGCGGACUCAAGUCGCACAUCCACGCGCUCCAGGAAAUGGUCCUGCUGCCGCUGCUGUACCCCGAAUUCUACGCCAAGUUUGCACUCACGCCGCCCUCGGGCGUGCUGUUUUACGGUCCCCCUGGCACCGGCAAGACGCUCGUCGCUCGGGCUCUCGCCAACUCGACCGGCAACCAGCGCAUCACGUUUUACAUGCGCAAGGGCGCCGACUGUUUGAGCAAAUGGGUCGGCGAAGCCGAGCGCCAGCUCCGCGUGCUGUUCGAACAGGCCAAAAAGACCGAGCCCAGCAUCAUCUUUUUUGACGAAAUCGACGGCCUCGCGCCGGUCCGCAGCGCCAAGCAGGAUCAAAUCCACGCGUCCAUUGUGUCGACGUUGCUGGCGCUCAUGGACGGGCUGGAUUCACGAGGCCGAGUGAUUGUGAUUGGAGCGACGAAUCGUAUCGACGCCAUCGACCCCGCGCUUCGGCGACCAGGCCGAUUCGACCGCGAGUUGGCGUUUAGCCUUCCAAAUGCCAAAGACCGCGCGGCGAUGCUGGGGAUUCACACCAAGAAGUGGCAGCCGCCGCUGUCGACGUCGUUCAAGGACCAACUGGCCAAGGACCUGGUCGGGUACUGCGGCGCCGACAUCAAAGCGCUGUGUGCCGAGACCGCCCUUGUCGCGUUCAAGCGGGCCUUCCCCCAAGUGUACGACACGCCUGCCAAGCUGGACGUGGAUCUUAGCCAACUGCAUGUGCUACGCGGGGACUUCCAUGCCGCCCAAGCCAAGAUCGUGCCGGCGGCCGCGCGGUCCCAGUCGGCAGUCGCCACGCCGCUGCCGCCGCUGCUUGCGCCUUUGUUGGAGGAACCGCUGUCGCAACUGGUCCAGCUCGUCCAAUCGUCGUUCCCGACUGGGUUAUUUGCGCCACCGCCGACACUAGCGUCGACGUCGGCGCCAAUCCACGAUCUAUCCAGUGCCACUUGUUCGCAUUGCUUGACUUCGUUGUCCACGAACGCCAUCCAGUCAUGUGUUUCAUGCCAUGCUUCGUUCCACACGUCGUGUCUAUUGUCGGCUUCUCUCUGUGCAUCCUGUGUGCCAGCAUACACGUACAUCCCGCCGUCGCUGGUGCGGUGUCUGGUAUUUGGUUCGUCGGGGGCGAUGGGGCAGUCGGUUGUGUCGUCGGCGCUGCUGAGUCACAUGGACGGGUUUCCAGUCAUCGAGAUGGAUCGGUUCAGUCCGCCGUCGCAGUGGAUGGCCAAGUGGACCGAAGCGCUGGCUCGGGUACCAUGCGUCGUCUACUGUCCGCACGUGGACCAGUCGUGGGCCGACCAUCCGACCGAGAUUCCAGCGAUGCUGCACCACUGGCUGCAGUCGUCGGCGCAGCAUCUCCCGAUCGUACUGGUCGCGACGGCAUCCACGACGCACUUGCCGCCGGAUUUGCUGGCGUUGUUCCCCCAUCAAUUUCAAGUGACGCCGCCACCUGAAUCGGCGCGGCGGGCGUUUUGGAGUGUCUUGCGCACGUGGGCGUCGAGUCCGCCGCCGGUACCGCCGCCCCCGCCCGCGCCGCUGCGGGUACUCGCGCCUCCCCUGGCCACCGACAAGCCAACGCCCGUGGUGACCUUGAACGACCAGGAGCAGCACCACCUGCGUGAACUGCGCAUCUUUCUCGAAGCGGUCGUGUCGUACUGCAUUCGGCAAAAGGCCAACGCCCCGUUUGUGGUGAUUGAAACCGUGCUGGAUCACGGCGACGACGACGACAACCAUGAGCAUGUGACGAUUCACAGACACAUGGAUUUAAACACUAUUCGCGACAAACUGCACGACGGCGAGUACACGACGUGGGAGAAAUUCAUGGCGGACGUCCACGAAAUCGUCCAAGAUGCGUAUGCAGCGUACCCCAAAUACAGUCCAUUGCGGUACAUUGCGCACGCAGCGGCCAACAUGCAAGACAACGUGAUGAGUUUUGCCCAUCGGUUCCGCAAAGAGCAAGGGUACGACCUAUUUGCCACGUGUCGCGCCAUCCAGCACGCCAAGCUGGCCAGUCGACCUGUCCCGGCGCCGAUGCGACUCAAGCGGCCGGGGGUCCAGCCGCCAUCGAUCGCCCCGCCCCCCGCGGACCUCACAACGGCGGACGACUCCGUCCAGAUUGUCGACGUGUUUGUGGUGGGGGACCCCGUGUUUGUUGCGAAGCGGACGGGGCCAGGGAUGAACAAGCUUGGCGGCGCCGGACGCGUCCAACAAGUGUACGAAGAAGACGCCAGUGGAUCAGGGCUCAAGUACGACGUCAAGUACAUCUUGGGCGGGUUUGAAAAGGAGGUGGACGCUACUUAUGUCCGGCGACUGACCGAAGAUACGGUGCAAGCCAGCGUCAAGAUGCAUGCGACGUCGACAUUGACCAGUGCUCGAAAAGCGGCUCCAACUGCCGACGACCUGUUCGACGCGACGGUGUGGCCUCAUUUGUACCAAGCUGGCUGGGAGUAUCUGCCUCCACCGAUUGGUCUGUGGGUGGUAGAUCCACCUUCAACAACAUAUGGUGAUGACGUGGACGAUUCUGGUAAGACCAGAGACGAGUGGAAGGCCACGUGUCAGUGCUUUGAAUCGCGAGACGACGUCGUUGCGUUUGUCAAGCAAUCGCCAGAUUACGCUCGGCUUUGUUUUGGCCAACGAUUUGUCGAGAUGAACAUUGCCGACGGACUCGUACCCAAGCCGGUGCCCUGGACCCCCCAAGAGGAAAUGUACUACAUGAUGCUCGAAGACAAACCUCCAGCCAACCCCACGAACGCAAUACAGCCGCCGUCUGCGCUUCCAGUGUUUGAACUGGACGAGGAACUUUUAUGUGGAAUUGUGGACGACGUGGUGGCGGCCACGGAGGGAUGGUCGGUGGAUGCAUUGCGGCAAGAACUGGUCAAGUUCAACCAUAUUGUAUUGGCUCAUCGGUACGAGUAUGACCGAAGGGCCAUGGUUGAGGCGUUGCGAGCGCAUGUCGACCAACUUGCAUCGAACCAACCCGCUUAGGUUGGACAAGCCAACCAGAACGGUAGUCGUCGGACGUGAAUUCAAUUGAGUGUUGCUGUCUCAGCUUGUUUUGCUAGGUCGAACUACAGUAUAUAACGCCACAUGUAGAAGGGCAUACAAUAAUAAUCCUUUGGCAACUACGACCGUGUUUGUCGUGGAUCUUAAAAUAUAUACGUGAAUAAUAUAUUAAU